AUGAUUACAUCCGGUUGCAAUAUCAUGUUGUGUAAACGGUACGUGAAAUACUGUCUUUCGUCGGAUACACCAACUCAAAUGGCCGAUUUGUCAACGACUCCAAUUAGUGAAGUGCAAGUAGGUGAUGCUAUAUUAGCAUUGACUCCAUCCGGGGAAAUUGUGCAAACCGUUGUACGGAAAGUUAUUACUCAUGAAGUGGGUGAUUAUUUGACCUUUACGUUUUCGAACGGUAUUAUACUACGCGUGGGACCAGACAUACCCCCUACCUUCGUCGGUCUUAAUACAUUCAAUAACGUUCCUAUGAAUGUUGGUAAUCAAGUCUCUGUUAUUUCUGGUGAUGGCAGUAAUAUGAGCACCGUAAAAAUUACUGAUAUUAAAGCAGUGAAAGGCGUCUACACGAUUAUGCAGAGGCUAAAUGUUGACACACCUCACACCUAUUUUGCCGGUAGAGUUGCGGUACACAAUAAAUUUUACAUGGGAUCCGGCGUUUUUGGCGUUAGUAAUGACGACAAUCUUCAGCAGCUCAAAUUGAGUGAGCCAACUCGUCGCUGGAGAAUAGUAUAUCCUGGUCUGUUUUUUGAAGCAAAAUGUACCAAUGAUGAAUGUGUAGCAUAUGAUCAAGAAGUCAUCGUCAAUAUUGGUUUGAAAAGGUUUGAUUUUUUGGUUGAUGUUGAUAAAAUAACCUGCCAAUGCCCUUGCUGCUCAGACUGGGUUAAUCCACACAUAGCAAAAUGUGCCUUCAAUCGUUGUGAGUGGCGUUACAGCGGAAAAAAACAGAUGGGAGAACAAGCUCCAGAAGAAGUUUUCUCUUCAUGGAACGAAGUAGACGACACGUCAUUGCGUUUUCAUGAACAAAACAGCUUAAGCGGCAUUUGGAAGCAGCUGAUACUGGAAGCAAGAGAGUGUAAUGAUUAG